GUUAGCACCAUCAUCCUGGCACCAUCAGCACUAUCUGACAAAGCAACAUCCAGCCGUGGUUGACGUGCUUGCUUCGAUCGAUGAGACAAGACAAUUUGCUCAUCCCCGGUGCGUCCUUAAAGCGUGCCCACCAUUCAAUCGACCUCAGUGUCAGUUGGUUAAGGACUCUUCAGCCAUGGAGACUGCUGCAAAGCGCUUCUUCUCAUCCCCGUAUUUCGCGGUUGUUGGCGCAAGUCAAGACAAGAGCAAGUUCGGGUAUCGGAUACUGGCAUGGUAUCAUGUCCAUUCGCUUCCCGUCACGCCCAUCAACCCUGGUCGACCAUCAAUAGCUUUGCCGUCAAAGGAGUACGACACUGUACCCUCAGUUUUGGCCUUGCCGAAUCCGACUCAAACAGCCCUGUCAUUCUUGACUCCUCCAUCGGUCACCAGGAGAGUUUUGGAAGAAGCCAAAUCCGCCGGAGUCCGAGCUGUUUGGCUUCAACCAGGGAGCUUCGACGACCGGGAUCUGAAAUAUGCGAAGGAGAAUUUUGAGUCAGCGGUGGGAGGCUUUGAGCCAGGAACAGUGGGUGGAGAAGGUUGGUGUGUGCUUGUCGAUGGGGAGAACGCGAUGGCCGCAGCAGGCAGGAAAUUUGUGAGGCAGAAAUUAUGAAGAUUGGGACCGAGUCUAUGGACUAUUGACUUACCCUCCUCCUGUUUGAAACAGACACUCUGAUGACUCCAGGUUGGUGAAGUAACUGCCGCCGGCCCUGGACCUCUGGAGCCCACCAGUGUCUUCAUCAUUCCGAAACGCUCUUACGGUGUCCAAACCUCAUGUUAUCUAGAGCAUCGCCUUCCUCCACUGUCGCCACUCCUCCUUCGACUCUCGCAUUGCUCAACUCGGCCUCCGUGAUGGUCUUGAUCGGCCCUUCGAACCAAUGCCUCCCACCCCAUCGAGGGAAGAACCAUCCGCCCAAGCUGACGAUAGAAAUGAUCCCAAUACAAAUCGGUGCAUAGUUCAACGUCUCGGAAUUGACCGGAUAUAGCUGCGGCAAGAGCAGAACCACAAAGAGGAACGAAAUAUAUAAGGUGGCGAUCGUGGCCAAGGGUGCCGAAAACUUGCCCAGAUUCCACUUUGCAGGGACAAAGCUCUUGCGACCUACAGUCUGCCGGGCGACGAUUGGGAAGAGGUAAGAGAAGUUGGUGGAAAUGGUGGCGGUGGCAGUAAUUGCAGAAAAAGCCACGGUUGAGCCGAUGACGGCCGUCGUUACCACAAUCGAGAUCCCACACACCAGCAGCGCAGCAUUGACGGCCAUCUUUCGCUUCGAUAGUUUUCUAAAGAAACUGCUGAAGGGAAGUACAUGGUCCCGGGAGAUCGCAUAAGUGACUCGCUGUGCUGACAUGAAGCAUGAUGCAGUCGCACACGUCGAGUCAACCCAGAGGAGUGAAAGAAUGGCCACUGCACCAUUUUCUCCCACGGUUUGAAUCAGAUACUCGGCCCAGUUGUUUGCGUAGGUAGCACCUAUGAUGCCAUCAAAGUCCUGCAUGCAGAACAAGACCAGAAUGAGUGUCGGUACUGACAGGAUCCAUGCUGAAAAGGUGGACAUCCAGAUGCCCUUGGCGACCACAGUGGAUGCUUGUUUCGUUUCUUCGGCCAAAUGAGCAGAAGCAUCUACAUAUCGUCAGAAUUGUUUCCAUUUAGCAAGAAUCAGUCAGAAGGCUGUUCGAUACACGCACAAGCUCGUUGGGACGGGAUUUCUUACCAUAGCCGUAGAAGACCCAUGCGCCGAAGAGAACUGAGAUUACCCAGCAGUAUGCGUCGGAAGCUUCCUUCUCCGCUCCCAGGUUGAUACCAUUGUAAAAUAGGUCAAACACCCCAUGACUGCUGUUGAAAUGCUUUUUAGAAGCUUCGAUUGGGAACCAGAUCCAGUACAUGAAGAAGAGGGAG